AUGAUUUUUUGCCAACCUGGAGAUAUUCGAAAGUUAUGGAAUGACCACUUUGAUUCACUGUCUGAAGAUCAUCGGUUACACUGUCAAAGUAUAGAACGAGUUCAAAAUAUGGUUCUUACCGAAAUUAGUGUCUUGGUACAAUCCAUGGGUAAAAAUUUCAAUGAGUUCGACCUUCCUAAGAUAACAGACGAUGUUAACUUACAAGAUGCAGGUUAUCGUGAGUUACAAGAAGAGUAUGGGAUUGUUUUGGAACCUGAAUACUUGAGUGCCAAAGAUUCACUUAAUCCGGACCAAAAAAACGUGUUUGAUGAGAUCAUGAUGCAUGUUGAUAAUGAUCUUCCGGCGUGUUCUUUAUUGAUGUUCCAGGUGGAACUGGAAAAACAUUUUUCUUCAUCAGGUGCAGCGGCUAAUAAUAUGCCAGGAGGUAGAACGGCUCACUCGAGAUUCAAGAUUCCUCUUAAUCUUGAAAAUAAUUCAAUGUGCAAUAUCAAAAAACAGAGUGGGGCCUCUAAACUGAUUCGGUCUGCCAAAAUAAUCAUAUGGGAUGAAGCAUCGAUGGCUAAAGGACAGGCGAUAGAGGCAGUCGAUCGUACAUUCCAAGACAUUAUAGGUGUUAGUCUCCCAUUUGGUGGAAAGAUAAUGGUUAUGGGAGGUGACUUCAGACAGGUGUUGCCGGUUAUUAAACGUGGCACUCGAGCACAGAUUGUAGACUCCAGCGUACGAAUGUCACCUCUUUGGUCUUUGACUAAGAAGAUGCGGUUGACCAUAAAUAUGAGAGCGCUAAAAGAUCCAUGGUUUUCUAAAUUUCUUUUAAGAGUCGGCGAUGGAACUGAAGAACCAAUCGAAGGAAACUAUAUCCGCAUACCCGAUGACAUGACAAUUCAGUGCAACAACAGAGAUAACGCUAUAAAAGAAUUGAUCCAUGCCAUCUUUCCAUCAAUUGAAGAUAAUGUAUAUUCUUCAGAUUAUAUAAUCUCUAGAGCAAUAUUGUCCACUAAAAAUGAUAGUGUUGACGAGAUUAAUAAUCAAAUGAUUGAAAUUUUUCAAGGGGAGGAAAAAGUUUAUUACAGUUUUGAUGAAGCUGAAGACGAUCAGCGCAACUUCUAUCCGGUCGAGUUCUUAAACUCGCUAAAUGUUAGUGGUUUGCCGCCUCAUAAGCUUCGUUUAAAAAUUGGAUGCCCAAUAAUAUUGUUACGUAAUAUCGAUCCAUCACAUGGCCUGUGUAAUGGCACGCGGUUGAUAUGUAAGGGUUUCGUGCGAAAUGUUAUUGAUGCGGAAAUUGCAGUCGGUCAACAUGCCGGCAAAAGAGUUUUUUUGCCAAGAAUCCCUCUAACCCUUUCUGAAGAUGACAUGUUCCCAUUCAAGCUGAAAAGAAAACAAUUUCCAAUUCGACUUAGCUUUUCCAUGACGAUUAAUAAAGCUCAAGGUCAAACAAUUCCGAACGUUGGUAUUUAUCUUCCGGAUUCUGUAUUUUCACAUGGACAACUUUAUGUCGCGUUAUCAAGAGGGAUUUCAAGACAAAGUACGAAGGUGUUGGUACAUCUCGCCAAAGAAUUCAAACAAAGCGGAGUUUACACAUCAAAUGUUGUCUACCAGGAAGUGUUGCGUGAUUAA